AUGAUGCUACGUAAAGCUAGACUAUUCAAUAAUAUUUUAAGUUUUAAAAAGUUGAAUGUUCGGCAUUCAGCUCUAUUUAUAAAUGGUUCUAAAGCAACUGAUACAUUUGUGUAUAUAACUCCUCAUAUUGAUAUUGAGCGCAUAAAAAAUCGUAAAGACCUACAAAAUGAAAUUGCUAGAAGAAAAUCAACAUAUGAUUUGAAUAAAUUUGAGAAUUUAUGGUCAUUUUACGAGGAGAUAAAACAAAGGAAAUUGGACUAUGAUAAGAAAAGAGCUGAUAUAUCCAGGGAGCUAAGCCAACUCAUGAAAACUGACCCUGAGAGUGAAGCUGCUAAGAAAUACAAAAUACAGAAUGAUUUGAUCAAAGACAACCUAAAAAAAUUGAAAGUGCCACUGUGGUCUGCAGAGGAGAAUGCGAUGGUGCAGGCCCUCGCGGUGCCAAACUCACUGCACCGCCUCACUCCUGAUGACACCGUAGUACUGCACACACAUCUCACUGCACCUUCAAAUAAAAAGGAUCACUUAAAAAUAGGCAAAGAUUUAGGCAUUAUCAACUUCAAGAAAAACGAAAACUACUAUCUGACUGGCGAUGCAGCAAUAUUUGAACUAGGAGCCAAGUUCUACUUCAGUGAGGCACUCAAGAAAAAUGGAUUUGUACAGUUUUCCAAUCCAGACUUUGUGAAAAGUGUUAUUAUUGAAGGUUGCGGUGAAGAUCACACUGAUUCAGACAAGAGCUUCAUUUUGCAUCACACUGAAGAUAGCAAAGUGAAUGUAGAUAGCCGGCUUCACCUCACUGGGGGUGGCUCGCUGACAUCCUACAUGGCUUACCAUGCUAAGAAUGUAAUCAAUGCAAAGAACCUGCCUUUUAAAUACUUCUCAAUGGGCCGCCAGUACGUCCCAGCACCGUCAGAUGAAGACAGCUUGUUCCAUGUCAGCCAAUCUUCUGUCAUUCAAAUGUUUGGGGGUGCCAAAGACUCUAAUGAACUAGAACAACUCCUACAAGACCUCACUGAGACUUUAAAAACUAUUUAUGGAGAACUUGGCUAUCAUUUCAGACUGAGCUAUGUACCAGCUGACAAGCUAUUGUCGUGGGAAUCAUUGAGACUGAGUGUGGAGAUGUACUCCUCGUCAUUAGUCAGCUAUGUUGAAGUCGGCAAUGUGUCCCUCAGUGGAGACUAUAUCAGCCAAAGACUACUCUUCACUUACACAGAAAAAAAGGAAAGUAAAUUCCCUCACAUAAUUUCGGGUACACUUCUGAAUGUACCAAAGCUGUUGGCCUGUGUGUUAGAGCAAGAUGAGGAAUUUUCUGUUCCUACAAAAUUUAGAGUUGAAAAUUGGUCCAUGUAAUAUCUGUUGGUUGUCUUGUUGUAUUAAGUUAAGUGGAAACAAGUAAAUAAACACUAUGGUCUGUAACAAAGAACUUUAUAAAUUCAUAUUAACAGUAUGUUAUGAAUACAAAACUUUAAUAAAAUCAAAUAUGUAUAACAAA